AUGCGCCUGGAGACGGGGCCCCAGCUGCCGCUGUCGGAGCCCUCCGCGACCGCCGUAUUUGUGGGGCGGGCGGAGCCUGUCUGCAGCCUCUGCCCGCCCUGUGCUCUCACAGCCAGUGGUGGUCCGGUAACCACACCUAAGAACCUGCUAGUCAGGCGGCUGGAAACCUGUCCUGAGAAGGCGGCUGUUGUGGACGCUGAGGUUUUUAGAUUUUGUGCCAGGAUUAAGAUGGAAGUUUUUGAAUUAUCCAGCUUCAUCAGUUCUGUUUUCACCUCACUUUUCUCUGGACGUUCAUGGGAAUGA